AUGGAUCACCGAAACAGCACCCCGCGCCCGCGCCCGUCGCUCAAAUUCGCGAACCGGAGCUACCAAGCUUCGCCUCUGAACCCCAACAAGCGACUGGGCACUCCCCAGACUGCCCCGUCCCAGAGAGUUCUGAAUCGCGACCCGGUUCCCUCGAGCAACCUCAACACGAGCACCAUUUCCACCGCUCACAACCUCUUCCGGUCCUCCUCCAUCAGCGCGAGCCCGGCCGUUACCCCCUUCGCGCCGAGUCUGCCUGCAAGCACCGCCAAGAAGGUUUUCGCGCCUGGCGCGACCCCGGCUUCGCAAAAGGUUUACCGAGAGACGAUCGCUCAGGCGACCCCGCGAGGCUUGUCUACCAAAUCGACGUCGGCCGACCUUUUCCAGAUGCGCAUCCCCUCCCCGCCUCCCGAACUCUCUGGCGAAGCACUUGCUCGAGACAUCCCUCCCGAGCUCGAAGCCAGGGGUACCGUCUACGCAGACCAGUACCUCGGCCACCUUGUCCCCCCUGAGUACGAUGACUUGCAGCGCCGCCAGCUCUUUUGCGUCCUGGAUCUCCGCCGCCUCAAAUAUGCUGCCAACGAGAUCUUCACCAAGAAGGACUGGAAGCUCAACAUCAUGAACUUUGCAAAGGAGUUCGAAAAGAGUCGGAGCUUGAUCAUGCUCAGGUACGGGCUCUACGAGUUCAAGAACGUCAAGCCUUCAGAGGAGGUGUUGAAGAAGUGGAGAACCGCUCACAACCUGCCCGAGCCUGAGGAAGAUGCUGCGGACGCCAGCCCUUCGAGGCAGACUACCCGUUCUAAGCGCAAGGCUGAGGACCAAUUAACCCCCAAGGACGCGGCACUUUCGAAUGCCUCUCCUAACAAAAACAACAAGAGACGUGCUGUGGACAGAGAGGAGGAGCAAGAGCCGGCCACCCCAGCUGCGACGAAGAACAAGAGAAGGGCAACAGUGGCCGAUGAGUCGGACGAGAACCCGCCGAGCAAGUUGCAGAAGUCGACUUCGACGCCCUCCGCGACCAAGAGCAUGUUCGAAAGGGUUGCCAACAACCAGGGACCCGCAUCGACCCCCAAGGCGGCCCCCAAGGCUGCAGAGGCGAAGCCUAACCCCUUUGCCGGCGCGUCCAAGGCUGCUGCCAACAACCUUUCUCGCUCCGUGCUCGAAGCUAACAUCAAGCCUGCCCAACCAUCCAACAUUUUUGGUUAUCUUUCCGAUGCCAGCUCUGCGAAGAACAGCGGUGUGGAGGCUGAUGGUGAGAGUGAAACCGACUCUGACGAUGAGGCCGACACGCAGGAAGCCGGGCAGCAGAGCUACGAGCCCAGUGUUGCCGCUAGCGGUGGCGCCGAAACACCUUUGGCCCAGCCGGCUUCGAACCCCUUCGGUACUAAGAAGCCUCUUUUCUCCAGCGGCGCCGCGACUGGUCCCUCUAGCACCUCGUCCGAUGCCAGAGAAGGCACGCCUGGCAAGAGCCUUUUCGACCGUGUUAGCAAGGGCAACAACGGUCAACCCCUCCGUACGGACUCGGCCGAGCCGACGCCGUUUGCUUCGAGCAAGGAUGCCGCGCCGGCUCCUGUUAACGCGACCUGGAACCCUAACUCUCCGAUCAAGUUCAAUGCCAAUGCUUCGGCCAGCAAUGGCCUCUUUGGCGCUUCUACAAAUGGAUCCAGCUCCAUCUUCGGUGCUAAGCCUGCUGCUCCUGCCUCCAGUCUGUUUGGAGCUCCUAAGCAGGACGAGAAGACCAAGCCCGAGAAGCGCUCUCGAUCCGAGGACGACACGGGAGCAGAGUCUGAUAAGGAGAACAGCUCGCAGCCUCCUGCCAAGUCGCCCUUUGGUGGGUUUUCCUCUGGAUUCCAGUCGAAGCCAUCGGGGGAGCCCAAGAAGGACGAUGCACCUUCAAGGCCGGUAGCUGCACCCACUUUCGCGUUCGGUGCUUCCGCUCCCAAAGCGGAAGAGCCCAAGGCCCAGGCCCCGGCUUCGAACCUCUUCGGUGCCCAGGACAAGCCUGCGGGCUCGGUAAUGCAGUCUUCGACUCUCUUCGGUGGCAAGCCUCAGGAGGCACCUGCCGCCGAACCCGCCAAGCCCCUAUUCGGAGCGAGCACUUCGACCGCCUCGACUCCUUUCCAGUCGAACCCCCUCUUUGGCAACAAUGCGCCGGCAUCGGGUACCUCCAACCUGUUUGGUGCUAAGCCCACCGAGCCUUCCAAGGCACCUGAGGCCGCUCCGGCCCCCGCGGCCCCCAUCUUCAGCUUCGGCGCCAGCAAGCAAGCAGAGACCGCCCCAGCCGCCAACUCUCUCUUUGGUGGUAGCCCCAUGAAGCAUGAUGGACCGCCAGCUAAGAAGCAAUUCAAUGCCCCGUCUUCUGCGCCUUCCGCGCCGUCAGGCGGCAUGUUCAACUUUGGAGGAAACCAGAGCGCGCCCCCAUCCAACCCGUUUGGAGGCGCUGCACCUGCGCCCCAAACUAACGGAGGUUCCAGUGGUCCUCCAAGCUUUGGCUCUGGCGGUGGUGGAUCUUUCACGUUCAGUGCUGGUGGUGGUGGUCAGACUUUCAACAACCCCUUCGCAUCCAACAACGGAGGUGCGUCCGAUUCCGCUCCGGCUCCCUCGUCUGGGGGCAUGUUCAACUUUGGUGGCUCCUCUACGCCUUCCAACGGCUCUUCGCCAUUCCAGUUCGGCGGUGGUUCGUCCUCGGCUGCGCCGUCGAGCAGCACCCCCUUCCAAUUUGGAGGUGGUGCUCCUGCUCAGCCUGCGGCUCCCGCAGCGUCUACUCCCACCUUUGCCUUCGGUGCCUCGAACGGAUCCGCCAAUUCCUCUGCGCCUGCUUCUCAAAAACCCCUGUUCGGAGCAUCGACUUCGGCGCCUACGAGCAACCUAUUUGGUUCCAAGCCCGCUCAGCCUGCGUCUGGCAUGUUCGGCAACCUGCAGCCUCCGGCGGGUGCCUCGACCACUGGAACGAACUCGCCUUUCAACUUUGGCGGCGCCUCCAGCCUAGCCACUACCCCUGCCAACGGAACUCCCGAGCCGGCUGCGGAAGCUGAGAAGGCUGGUGGCAGCGGUGAUGGUGACGAUGCCGAGGGCAAGCCUCACGAGCAGCUCAAGCUCACCGAGGGCGGCCCCGGAGAGGAGGAUGAGGUGGUUGUACAUGACGUACGGGCUAAGAUCCUCAAGUUCAUCCCUGCCGGAUCCGAGGAGGACAAGGAUAGUGGCGACGACCAGCCCAAGAACAAGAGCCCGUGGUCCACCAAGGGUGUUGGUCCGUUCCGUCUGCUGAAGCACAAGAACACCGGCGCUGUCCGCAUGCUCUUGCGCGCGGAGCCCCGCGGCCACGUCGUGCUAAACCGAUCAGUCCUGCCUGCUGAAACCUACAAGGCGGACAAGAAAUACGUCAAGCUCACCACCUCGAACGAGGCUGGCAACGGACUCGAAACAUGGAUGGUACAGGUCAAGACCGAGGAGCUGGCCAAGACGCUGGCCAGUGCCCUGGAGUCUCACAAGUCGGCCAACGCCCAAUGA